UUUGGUUUUUUUACCAAAAAAGAAAAACAAAAAUGAAAAUUUUAUUAAUUUUUUUAUUUUUUUUUGUGGCUGUACUAGCUCGUAAAGGCUUUGGUGAUAAUGAACAAGAAUGGGGCUAUGUGGAAGUGAGAAAGGGUGCCUACAUGUUUUGGUGGCUACAUUAUACCACAGCCACCCCUGAUUACACUAAGAGACCUUUAAUUAUAUGGCUCCAAGGUGGUCCUGGGGGAUCUUCUACAGCAUACGGUAACUUCGAAGAAUUGGGGCCAUUAGACAAAAAUUUGAAACCAAGGCACACCACUUGGAUUCAGCAUGCCAACAUCUUAUUCGUAGAUAACCCAGUGGGGACUGGGUUCAGUUAUGUUACAACUGGAAAAUUUGCUACAACAAAUGAGCAAAUUGCUGUGGAUUUUUCAGAGCUUUUACGUAGCUUCUAUAAGGCACUACCCAAAUUUCAAGAUGUGCCACUUUAUAUUUUUUCCGAAAGUUAUGGUGGUAAAAUGACGGCUGAAAUUGCUCUUCAUAUUCAUGAGGCUGUACAGAAGAAGACCCUAAAUGUUCAUUUAAAGGGUAUAGGGCUUGGUGAUGCUUACAUUUCUCCCUUGGACUCUACAAUAAGUAUGGCAUCAUAUUUAUAUAAUAUGGGAUUCUUGGAUACGAAUGAAUACCAUAAAUUGGAACUGUUAGGAAAUAAGGUUAAAGAUCUACUGACUCAAAAGCAAUGGGAGGCUGCCUUUAGCGCCAAUGAAAAAUUGGCUCUCGCUAUAAGAGAUUUUACAAGAAACGUUGAUGUUUAUAAUGUCUUAACUCGUAAAGGGACUGUUGUUGACGAAAGCUGUGCAUUUUGUAGCUUAAAACAUAUUAUGGAUAAUGUAAAAUUGAGCUUAAAUUUAAGUAGCGAGUUUUGUAGCCAGGCAGUAAAGGUGUAUCGUACAUUAAUUAAUGAUUUUAUGAAGCCAGUCACACACAUUGUAGAAAGACUUUUAAACGAAACUGAUAUUACCGUAGCUGUGUACAAUGGACAACUUGAUUUAAUUGUAGAUACGUUGGGAGUUAUCCAAUGGUUGGAUAAAUUGCACUUUAAAGCUAUGAAAGAUUGGAAAGAUAGUCCUAAAACCGCUUUUAUUGUUAAUGGAGUCGUUGAAGGAUUUGAGAAAAAAGCUGGAAACUUAAUCUUUUAUUCGGUUUUAAGAUCUGGGCAUAUGUUAAAUCCAAGGCCAUUGGAAAUGAUGACAUUGGCAUUGAGAUGCUACUCUUUUGCUGCCCGCUAAUAUUACCUGUAAUUACACACUUAGUGAACUUGAUUCGAUCAUUGGAAGUGUUCCAUUGUAAUACCUGUACCUAAGGUAAAUAAUUUGACUGAACUAAAGGACUUACGACCAGUAAGCAUUCUUCCUACUCUGUCUAAAACUUUAGAACGUAUUCUUAAUAAUCAAAUGCAAGAAUAUGUUCAACAGUACAAUUUAUUACCAGCCACCCAGUCUGGAUUUCGACCAGGAUAUAGUUGUUCAACAGCGCUUUUAAAAGUAACAGAUGAUAUAUUUCAAGCUAUCGAGAAUAACGAAUUAACUAUUUUAGUCCUUUUAGACUAUUCAAAAGCGUUUGACAGAAUAAAUUAAAAUCUUCUAAAAUCUUACAGAUAUUUUAAAAUCUUCUUUUGGCGAUUCUAAAAUAUCUGGGAUUCGACACUACCGCUUGCAAUCUAGUUACCAGUUAUUUACAGGGUAGAAGUCAGAGGGUUAAAGUCAAUGGCGAAGUAUCUGAAUCCGAGCCAUUAUGUUUUGAGGUUCCACAAGGUUCAAUUUUGGGGCCUCUUCUUUUUACCUUAUAUACUUCCCAAAUGGCAAAAUACAUUGAAUCUUGUAAUAUACAUUUUUAUGCAGAUGAUACGCAGGUCUACAAAUCUUUUAGCCCGGGUCGUGUUCUCGAGUGCAUAAAUGAAAUAAAUAAAGAUUUGGAGUCAUUGCUCUUAUUUUCUCAUAAGCACUGCGUCACUCUUAAGCCUUCCAAGUCGCAGGUGUUGCUCUUUGGCAGAACUCAAUCACGACAGUUGCAUAAGGAUAGCAUUCAAAUAAAAUUUAAAUAAUAAUAAUAGCUGGUUCUGGACAGUGAUUUGAGGUUUACUGAGCAUGUCAGCAUGUGUAUUAAGAGAGCAUUCCUAAAUCUAAAGCUUAUAUUUAAACAAAGGCAUCUAUUGACAGGGUCAUUAAAGAAAAUGCUUUGUGACUCUUUAGUGCUUUCGCACUUCAAUUAUGCCGAUGUAGUUUAUGGCCCAUGUUUGCUGGAAAGGGAUAAAUAUCGCAUUCAGUUAAUAAAAAACCACUGUGUAAGACUAAUUGGGGGUAUACGGGGUAGAGAGCGGGGAGUGUCGGCUAAGUUGAGAGAAGUGCAUUGGCUUAGAACGGAUGAGAGGCGCGUCUUCCAUUCAUUUGUGUUAUUUUAUAAAAUAAUAGCAAGAAAGUGUCCCGACUACUUAUACAGGAAAAUAAAGUUUCGCUCAGAAAUCUAUAAUCUAGAUCUUCGCGAUACGAGCUGUGUAACUAUACCUCUUAACUCAACUUCUAUUUUUGAAAGGUCUUUUAGUUACAAUAUAGCGAGACUUUAUAAUAGAGUUCCUCUGCACAUAAAAUCUCUCCCACUAGUUUCUUUCAUAAAAUUUAUUAGAUCUAAUAUUGAUCAGUUAUUUAUGUAGAAGACUUUAUAUUACAAUAGUUAUUUCUUUAUGAAAAUGGUUGCUGUAAGUGGGUUCAUACUGUGAGUAAAGGCAUUUAAAUUUAAAUGUACAUCAAAUGUUGAUUUUCCUAUGUUUAUUUAUUAACUUAUACAUAUUGCUAUUUUUUAUUGAUAUCUGAUAGGUGAAUGCUUUUUGGGGUUAUAGG